AAAACAAAUUUAAAUUAUUAAUAAAUUAAUAAUAAUUACGUUAAGAUAUAUUCGUUUAUCGAUUUUAAUUAAAUUAUCUUUGUACGUUGAAACACAACGAGCUCGUUGAUUGAACAAUUCUUAUUCUCAUCUGGCAACAUUUUCUUCAUGUAGGAAAAUGUCUGCUUCUAAUCAAGUGGUUCACCGUCCGGGAUUAUUUAAACAGCAAAAUAAAUCUCAUAAACAUGGAAGACAUCGUAGUAAUCGGGCCUUAGAAGUUUUGAAUAAAGGUCGAGUCAGUGUGAAGACAAGCACCAAAAAAACUAGACAGGAAUUGAGAAAAUGUGACAGAAGAAAUCAGUUGCAACAAAUAAGAAAAAACAAGAGAGAUGAUAUUUUAAUGAAAAAACGAUCAUUAGGUGGUCAAGGACAAUUGCCAUUUUUAGUUGUCAUUGUGCCUUUAUCUAAAACAGAAGACCCAUUCAAAUUACUUGAGAAGAUUAAACUAUGUGAUGAUGCUGCACUUGUUACUUCAGAUAACUGCUUUUGUUAUAUAAGUAUUCCUCGUUUUAAACAAACAUUUAGUUUUGUAAUAAUUAAACCUGGAGAUAUUUACAAUAUAUUGGAUGUAGCAAAAAUAGCAAAUACAGUUUUGUUUUUGCAUUCUCUGGAUGGUAAAAUUGAUGAGCAGCUUCUUACUCUAUUAUUUGCUCAAGGUCUUCCAUCUACAACCCAUGUCAUACAGGGAUUAGAAAAUGUUCCUAUUAAAAGAAGAACAGAUGUAAAAAAAAAUGUCCAGAAUAUUUUAGAAAAAAGAAAUAUAUGCUUUUUUACCCCACAGAAAAUUUUAGGAACUUUAAAAGUGUCAGGCUACAUUAGAGGACAGCCUCUUCAUGUCAACAAAUUAAUACAUAUCUCUGGUUGGGGCGAUUUCCAGUUAUCACAAAUUGAUAAAUGUAUGCAUCCUCAUGCAUUAUUACAGAAAAGAAAAAAAGAAUCUGAUAUAAUGAUAGCAAAUACGGUUUUGUUUUUGCAUUCUCUGGAUGGUAAAAUUGAUGAGCAGCUUCUUACUCUAUUAUUUGCUCAAGGUCUUCCAUCUACAACCCAUGUCAUACAGGGAUUAGAAAAUGUUCCUAUUAAAAGAAGAACAGAUGUAAAAAAAAAUGUCCAGAAUAUUUUAGAAAAAAGGUUUCCUGAUGAAAAACUUCACUCAGUUGACUCACACCAGGAGGCUUUGUUGUUAUUGCGCUUUUUAGGCAGUCAGAAACAAAAAAGUCUUAGCUUUAGAGAUCAUCGAGCUCAUAUGUUAUCAGAAGUAGUUAUUUUUGAGCCAAAUCAGAAUUUAAAUGAUCAUACAAAUCAGAAAAUUUUAGGAACUUUAAAAGUGUCAGGCUACAUUAGAGGACAGCCUCUUCAUGUCAACAAAUUAAUACAUAUCUCUGGUUGGGGCGAUUUCCAGUUAUCACAAAUUGAUAAAUGUAUGCAUCCUCAUGCAUUAUUACAGAAAAGAAAAAAAGAAUCUGAUAUAAUGCUUGAUAGUGAAGAUGUUGAAGUGUUGGAGAAAGCUGAUGCAUCAAAGCAGGAAUCACUUGAUUCUGAGAAUGUUCUUGAUCCAAUGGAAGGUGAACAAACUUGGCCUACGGAGGAAGAAAUAGCUGAAGUUGAAGCACUUCAGCAAAAGAAAACAUUAAAAGAGAAAAUAUUAAAAAAAAAAAUUCCAAAAGGAACAUCUGAUUAUCAGGCUACAUGGAUUGUGGAAAGUGAUACAGAAGAUAAAACUGAUGAGUCUGAUGAUUAUAUUGGAGAUGAAUGUGAACCUUUCAAUGAAAAAUGUGAUAGUGAUAGUUGUAUGGAAGAAGAUUCUAUUGAUCAUAAUGACGAUGGUGAUAGUGGUGGUGAUGAUGAUGAUGAUGAUAAGCGAGAUCGAAAUAGAGAUAAGCAUUUCCGUUCGCAACCGCGCAGUUAUAGAGAAACAGAUAUGUGGGAAGGUACAUUGUCUAAUGUUAGGACAGAUGAUAGACCGAUAGUAAUGGUUUAUGUAAAUAACUUACCCACUAAAUUUAGAGUUGAUGAAGAAGCAGACACUUCAUUAAUAUCUAAGCGCAUUAUAGAUAGAAUAAAGCGAAUAAAGCCCUUUUACAAUAAACUGCUGGUAAUGAUAGAUAAUUCACCCCGAGAAACAGUCGUAGGUAUAGGAAAUGCAACCCCUGAGUUUAAACUAAGAGGAAAUAAAUUUAGCGCUACGUGUAGAAUAGUGAGAGAUACAUAUCCAUGUGACGGAACCAUAGGAAGGGAUAUACUAGAGAGAGAAAAUAUCAAAAUAGACCAUAAAGGAAAUAGAUUAAUUAUGCCUGAUGGCAAAAGCAUUCAUUUUUGUACAGCAAUACCUGUAACAUACUAUAAGCGAGAACCUAGAAGAUACAGUUAUAAUGCGAAUCACGGGGGGAAAUACUAUAGAAAGGACUAUAUAAGAAGUAUACAAGCAUAUCCCGAGAGGAAACGCUAUUUGGAAAAUACUUGUGUCGAAAAUAAUAGAAAAGCUGAGACCAACAUAUGUAAAGGGAAGAAAAUAUAUGAUAAUAAUACGGAGAGAUCAAUUCCCAUAAAAUCAAAAGGUAUUGAAGCUGCUAGACAACCACAGUUUAGAGAAAAGGAACAUGCAAAUAAACAUAAGCGAAGGGCAUAUAAGGGAAAUAAGAAGGAAAAGAAAAUUUCCAGAAUUUCCACACCAAAGACCCAUAAUAGUCCAUUUGAAAUUAUCAUGAGAAAUCUAGAAUUUGCGAUGCAAGAAUUUCAUACGCAAAUAAUUGAAUUAAGAGAAGCUAUUGACGUUUUAGAGCAAGGAAAAUUAAGCUCAUAUAUUAUCGCAAUGGAAGUGAUGUAUCGUACGUUACGAGAAAUACAACCACAACUUCCGGAAGGUUAUUUAUUGAUAGAGCAAGUCAAAGCUGACACUCUCUUUAAAUUUUACCAGUGGAUUAUUACAGUUGCUAUCGCACUCCCAGGAAAAUUAAGAAUUUUCGCAAAAAUGCCAUUGAAAACGCCUAGUGGAUAUUUCGAUGCUUACGAAAUUUUGGGAUUCCCUACAUAUGUUCCUGCAUUGAAAGCUUAUGCAUAUUUUAAGACUGAAUAUCCCAUUUUAGCAUUGUCAAUGGAUCGUCUCUCGUACAUGUUGUUACGUCAUCACGAAUUGGCUGUUUGCCAAAUAUCACAGUUUGCUGUUUGUUCACCGGACGUUCCGAUAUUUCGAGCUCCACAUCAGAGCUGCGAAUAUUCGUUAUACAUUAGAAAUGAUCAGAAGGUAACAGAACUUUGUUUCAAAGAAAUUGUAAAGGAAUUUUAUCCAAUUUUUAGAAGAAUAGACAAGCAAGGAACAUGGGUAUUUUCUACACCCUCUACAUUAGUAUUAGCAGUGAAAUGUUCUGCUACACAAAAUAACUUGCAUGCAUUACCUUCUAAUAUAAGUAAAUUGAAUAAUGUUGGAAUCAUAAGAUUGCCAAAGACAUGUAUAGGAUACUUACCUGGAAUUAUCCUCACUUCACAUUUUCACAUGAGAUCAACUGUUCACACUAGAAGUAGUCCUGGGUUUAUUAUACCUCCAAUUGAAACAAUAUUUUCCAAGAUGGAAUUAGAGGAAUUGCAAGAAAAUUUAAAUACUACAGAGAAUCCUGAGAAGAAUAAAGAGAAUUCUAAGAAACAAAAAGAUGAUGACAUUAAGUAUCGUGGAUUAAAAAGUUUUCGUAGUUCACCAUGGGAUCCAAAAGAAAAUCUUCCACCAGAUUAUGCAAGAAUAUUUCAAUUUGAAAAUUUUAAUCGUACCAGAAAAAGGAUUCUCUCUGAAGAAAGACUUGGUGUUUUGCCUGGGAAUUUUGUCACAUUACAUGUUGUAAAUGUUCCUGAAGAAUUAUUUGAAAGCUAUAAAAAUCAUCAGAACCCAUUAUCAAUAUUUGGUCUUUUACCUUAUGAACAAAAAAUGUCUUUGGUCAAUGUUGUCUUGAAAAAGCAUACUUCCUACAAUGAACCUAUCAAAUCAAAAGAACCUCUUAUAUUUCAUAUUGGCUAUCGUCGGUUUGAAGCCUGUCCAAUUUUUUCUGAUCAUAAUUUUGGUAAAAACCAUAAAUUUGAAAGAUUUUUGCAACAUGACACAGCUUCUGUAGCUUCUUUUUAUGCACCUAUAAUUUUUCCACCUAAUCCAGUUCUUGUAUUCAAAAAAGAAGGAUCUUUGAAACUUAUAGCAACCGGUUCAGUAUUAAAUGCUGAUCCUAAUCGAAUAAUUAUCAAGCGUGUAGUUUUAAGUGGACAUCCUUUUAAGAUAAAUCGAAAAUCUGCAAUUAUUCGAUAUAUGUUCUUUAACAGAGAUGAUAUAUUAUGGUUUAAGCCAGUUGAGUUACGGACAAAAUAUGGGCGUCGUGGUCAUAUUAAAGAACCUUUAGGUACUCAUGGACACAUGAAGUGCAUUUUUGAUAAGCAGUUAAUGUCACAAGAUACAGUAUUAAUGAAUUUAUAUAAAAGAGUUUUUCCAAAAUGGACAUAUAAUAAGGAUAUGGUGAAUUCUCCUCUUCUGUCUGAUUCAUUAAUGUAUGAUAUGGAAAUGGAAUAA